AUGCCGCUUUUUAGUCACUAUGGAGACCUUCCUGAUAUCUCUUACUGUCUCUCCUACCUAUCUCUCUUCUUCUCCAUAUUCACACCGAUCAUCGUCAUUGCGAGAUUGGUCUCUCGGAAAGCCUUUGCGAGAAAGGUGGGUGUGGAUGACUGGACAAUUCUAGCUUCUGCCAUGUUUGCGGAAGUGGUGUCAAUCCAAAUGAUAUUCCUUUGCGAGUGGUCUUUUGGUAAACACGUCAACCAGCUUCAGGAUAAAUCCCAGCUUGUGAAGACCUUGAAGGUCUACUUUGUGGCUCAGAUUCUGUACAAAGUCAACAUUGGACUGACCAAGAUCAGCAUACUUCUCCUCUACCUCAGAAUUUUCGUCGUACAAUGGUUUCAACGGACGUGUCAAGCGUGGAUCGCAAUCGUCAUUAUAUUCACAAUUGGGACGGUAAUUUCAAGUAUCUUCCAAUGUACGCCGGUGACCUUUGCCUUCGACAAGAGCGAGAAGGGAACAUGCAUCAACCUCACUGCAUUCUGGUAUGCAAACGCCGCAUUUAACAUCCCGAGCGACCUCGUCAUAAUUUUCCUCCCGAUUCCGGUAAUCCGUAAGCUGCAACUUCCUCCACAACAAAAAUUUCUGCUCUCUGGCACCUUUGCCGUGGGAAUCUUCGUCUGCAUCACCUCCAUCCUCCGGAUUACCACCUUGGACAUUGCCACCUCUCACCUCGACGUGGCAUGGAACAGCAUAGCUUCAUCGAUGUGGACUAUAAUCGAGUUCAACCUGGGCAUUUUUUGUGCAAGUCUUCCUGCCUUUCGGUCCGCGCUGUCCAGCUUUUUCCCUGCCUUUUUUGGCCGCGUCCACUCCGCCACAGACUAUGAGUCACGAUCCCGCCCUCGAAUCAAUAAAGCUAAUAUGCGGGCGAUUGAUCAAUGGAACGAGUUACAUGAGUGCGAUUCUCGAACCCAUAUUCACAGUGACCUUGUAAAUGAUUCAGAUUCAGUUCAGAAGUAA